AUUGGAUUGGAUUUUACAUAACUUUUAAAAUCUUUAUUUCAGGUGCAGCAUCCAAAGGCAAGCGAGUGGAAAGGGCUGUUGCUGUGUGCAAAAACAUUGUUGCAGCUAUUCCUGGAAAAAGAAGAGAUCUGGCUGAGGCUCAAAUGGAGUUUGGGUUCCCACUCAAACUAUGCAACGAGUCGGCAACCAGAUGGGGCUCUCGACAAAAAAUUAUUGCAAGAGUGCUGGAGCAACAGAAGCCCAUCUUCUGUCUGCAGGUCCUGGCUGCAGACAAACAGACUCUGCACCUGGUAACACAGUGGCAGGACAUAGAGGUCUGGGAGUCUAUGAAUGAAGCCCUAGCUCCUCUGGUGGACUUUACAGACAGCCUCUCUGGAGAGUCUUAUGUCACUUUGUCAUAUGUGAAGCCUGUGUUCCAUCUGCUCUGCUCUCAACACCUGCAUGUGAGUGAAGAAGACACACCACUCACAAAACAGAUGAAGACCAAAAUCAUGGCAUACCUUGAUGAAAAAUAUUCAGAUCCUGACACAGAAAACAUGCGUAUACCAAGGUUGAAGCCAUUAAAACAAGAGCAGUGGCUGAAAUCAUGGAUGUCGGUCAGUUCCAUACAGGGGCUACAGAAGUACCAGGUGCAGUUCCAACAGGUACAGAAGAUGCCACUGGAGAACAUACACCGCCUGGAAAAAAGCAGCGGAAAUCGUUGGGGAGCUUCAAGAAACAGCGCCCUGCUUCAAGAAACAGCGCCCUCACAUCUCACUGAAAAAGAAAAGGUAGAAAGCGAGCUGGAGAGAUGUUUCAAAUCACCAGAUGCAGACUCUGAAUGUAACCAGUUGCUAUGGUGGAAGGAAAAUGAGCAUCAAUUUCCAAGGCUAAGCCUACUUGUUAAAAAGUACUUAUGUAUCCCAGCCACCAGCUCCCCUUCUGAACGGAUUUUCAGUUCUGGAGGGAAUGUUGUGACAUGCACCAGGACUACCUUAAAACCACAUAAAGUGAACCAACUUGUAUUCCUUGCUAGUGAGCUCUACUCUUUGUUUUUAUUUUAUUUGUAUCAGCAUUUAAAAAUGCCGAGGGCCCAGCAACUUCAAACCAAAAACUCGGGCUAAAGUAGGAAACUAAGUUGAACCAUAAUGAAGGAAAUAGGUAACUCUUUGUCAAUUGUGCUACAGCUAGCAGCACCUUUAGACGAAUGGGGGAGAGGAGAAAAAUACCCCAUAGUAAUGCUAGGCUAAAGGGUGAGUUAAUUUUUGCUUACAGUUUGUAUUGUUCUUGUUGAGUGGAGUUUGUUUACAUGGUAGCCUAGUCCAACCAUGUUUUAAUUACCACAAGCUGGUAGUGUACUAUUCCCACCUAAAUAGGCUAUUCUAUUUAUUUAUUUACUAUGCUUAUUUUGGUCACUUUUCUGGUCAUUUUAGUUUAUUCUAGUAGUAGAGUUAUCUUUCUUUAAAGACAAUUCAGUUAUGGUUAAAAAUGUUAGUUAAAUAAAGAUUUAAUUGGAAUUCAUGGUUUGUG